AUCUCCGCCGGCUUCGCCCUGACUCUGGAGUUCAAGGUGGGACUAGCGCCGGGAUCCGCGGAGCUUUCACCAUCCUCUUCGUGCCUCGGCCCGGCUGCGCGCACCUCUGUCGCUCCGAGGCGCGGCCUCUGGGAAUCCAGUCAAGGGAUGCAGGAGUGGAGGGAGCCAACUGGUUUGUGCUGAAGGAAAAAGUACCUCAGCUGGUAAAGCUUCUAUCUGCUGGAGAAGGACCUCCACCUCUCCCCGGCGGGACUUGCAGGAGGAUUCGACAGCACAAAGGCCUCUGCCUGAACCUGGGGAUGUGGUAUCUUGCACUACCAGCUACCCACUUCUAGCUUAUGCAAGUUUUAUAUAUCUGAAACUUCACAACAGCUUCUGAGUGGUUUUGAGGAUUAAAGAGGUUUGGAGGUUGCUAUGUUAAUGCUGCUUGUCUUUGGACUAUUACUGCAUGACAUCCCACUGAGCAGCCAAGAUGAGGCUUCUUCUGGGGCCCAUGGCAUUCCGGGAGAACCUCUGUUUAACUAUGCCAGCAUCCGCUUGCCAGAGGAGCACAUUCCCUUCUUUUUGCACAAUAAUGAGCAUAUUGCCAUGGUCUGUAAGAAAGACUCACAUUGUCCUUAUAAGAAACACUUAGGAAAUCUAAAGUACUGCUGGGGCUAUGAGGGAUCCUGCAGACCAGAGUUCAGGUUCAGUUACCCUGUUUGCACCUAUGUUGACAUGGGAUGGACAGACACCCUGGAGUCAGCCCAGGACACGUUCUGGAAGCAAGCUGACUUUGGAUAUGCUGGAGCGCGGCUGCGGGAGCUGCGUGUGCUCUGCCAGCCUGAGCAAACGAAUGACUCGAGUCUGACAUGUUCCCGUUACCUUCAGUAUUGCAGAGCAGCCAAUCUCUAUCUUGAUUUAAGAAACAUCAGGAGAAACCAUGACAGAUUUAAGGAAGAUUUUCUCCAGACUGGUGAAAUUGGAGGACACUGUAAACUUGACAUUCAUAUGCUGAUGUCUGAAGGUCAGCGCAAAAGCCCUCUUCAGUCUUGGUUUGCGGAGCUCCAAAGCUAUACUCAACUCAACUUCAGACCUAUAGAAGAUACUAAAUGUGAUAUUGUUAUUGAAAAACCAACCUACUUCAUGAAAUUGGAUGCAGGUGUUAAUAUGUAUCACCACUUCUGUGACUUUGUCAAUCUUUACAUCACUCAGCACAUCAACAAUUCCUUCAGUACAGAUGUGUACAUCGUGAUGUGGGACACGAGCUCCUACGGAUAUGGUGACCUGUUCUCUGACACAUGGAAAGCAUUUACGGAUUAUGAUGUGAUACAUUUGAAAACUUAUGAUUCAAAAAGGGUUUGUUUUAAAGAAGCGAUUUUUUCACUACUCCCCCGGAUGAGAUAUGGGCUGUUUUAUAAUACCCCUCUGAUAUCUGGCUGUCAAAAUACUGGAUUAUUCAAGGCAUUUUCCCAGCAUGUACUACACAGACUGAACAUCACACAAGAGGGACCCAAGGAUCGAAAAAUUAGAGUCACUAUUCUUGCACGAAGCACAGAAUACCGGAAAAUACUAAACCAAUAUGAGCUUGUAAACGCACUGAAAACAGUAUCUACAUUUGAAGUCCAGAUUGUCGAUUACAAGUAUAAGGAACUUGGGUUUUUAGAUCAGCUAAGGAUCACCCACAACACAGAUAUAUUUAUUGGAAUGCACGGAGCUGGUCUUACCCAUUUACUUUUCCUUCCAGACUGGGCUGUUGUAUUUGAACUGUACAACUGUGGAGAUGAACGUUGCUACCUGGACCUGGCCAGGCUCAGAGGCGUACACUAUAUCACUUGGCAAAGACAGAACAAAGUCUUUCCUCAAGAUAAGGGUCACCACCCAACUCUGGGGGAACAUCCGAAGUUUACCAACUACUCUUUUGAUGUAGAAGAAUUUAUGUACCUCGUCCUUCAGGCUGCAGACCAUGUAUCGCAACACCCAAAGUGGCCAUUUAAGAAAAAACAUGAUGAGUUGUGAUUGUGCUGAGACUGUUUGCAGAAAGGCGGUGUUUGAACUCUCUACCACUCACUCCCAAUGCAGUCUGUAAGACAUCUGGUGUUUCUUAGCCCUCAAGUGAUCUGUUCUAUACCAAAACAUGCCUUUAGGAUAUUGCUUAUGGGUUUUGUGCUGCUUCAUGUGAUUUUUGAG